UAUUUGCAUCGCAAUUCGAAAAGAAGCAAGACAAACGAUCUUUAUCAGACCACUUAGCUAGUGUUAUCGUCAGAAUAUUUUUAUCUGCCACAUUGUUCCGUCGCGAAAGUGUCAGUCUUUAAAAGUCAGCAACGCGAAUUAGAUUGCUACAGUUUUAGCGCAGUUCCAGUUUCGCCUUUUUCGUCAGUGAGAACCUGAAGUAGCUGGAGCUCGGAUCACGAAUCCGGCUAAAUCGUGAACGAUGGUGUACCCAAUCAUCAACCAGUCAUUGAACCAUUCUGAAGACGUAAGCGAUAGGACGAACUCGUUGGACAUGGGGAAAAUAAAGUCUAACAUUCUUUCGUUUUACCACUGGAGUUCUUCUGGAACGUCAUGCAAACCUGUCUCCAGUUUAAAAACAAUAUUACCAAACCCUGUACAGUUUAUCAUUUGGUUGGUUGUUCUAUCAUUGUGCUAUUGCAAUGCCUCGGCCAUCCCGGAUGCUGAUCCUCGAGUUGAACGUGCUGCUCCUAGUAAUUUAACGCUCAAGGUAAAUGCAGUCCAAACGGAGAUGAAUCGGCUUAUUGAGGCGCUGUCAAGCCCUUCCAGUCCACCGGUGCUUAAUAGUUUAGCACCUCCUGAAAGAGAAAAUGCCCCAGGAGAUGGUGGUUUCACGCGACCUCCCCCAGGCACUACAGUAACUAAACUCGAGAACGAAAUGAAGAAGAUGAAAGAAGAUAUCGAUAAAUUGCUGCAAUCGGCAAACAUAACAGCUGAAGAUAAAGAGCGUCUCUCAGGUUUGGAAGACACCGUAAAAAAAUUGCAAAAACUUAUAGAUGACCAACGGGUGCAAUUGGAACAGAAAAUUGAGAACUUACAAAGCCUUGUAGAAGUUUUGUUGGCAACUAUUAAUACACUUAGAAUCGAACUCGAUGACAUUAAGCGCAAGGCUUUGCUAGAGGAGGAAGAUAAAAAACUUCGAAGGCUGCCAUCGGAGUGCAUCGAGGCCAUAAAGAGUCACGAUUUUACCACUGCUGCCAGUAAGCUUCAGCAAAUAGAGAAGGACUCCACGAUCAAUAUGAUCGUUAACAGUGUGUACGAUCAUCACGUGAGUAACUUCGAUUUGAUACUACAGUUCGCAGAAGUCGUCAAUGUGAAACAAAGAAGCUUCUUGGUUUACAAAGCCUUGGGUUAUGAAAUGGAAAUUAAUGAACAUAGAGACCCGAUAAAAAUGAUUGAAUUGAUAAAAAGGUUAAGAAAUGUGAUCAUUAACAACCAAAGUACUUCAGCUCAAACAAAAAGGGAUGCUCAAUCAUUUGAAAAUAGUUUGCAAAAUUCGAUUAAAAUUGUGUCAAAAGAAAAAUUGAAACACGCUCUGUUGAAUGAUGUGUAUGAGACAAAUGAUAUAAAAAUACUUUCCAACAGCGUUUAUGGCAUCAGUGGUAAGUUAUUCGGAAGUUUGAUUACUGAAGUUGUCAACGAAGUUUACGGAAGAAUGGAUACCAAAAAGUUGUUGAAAUAUCUAAGUAAUCAUAACUACAUUCAGCAAUCUAUUCCUGGUUAUGCUGCAGUAUUCAAUAAGAUAAGAAGGUCAAAUAACGACGCAUUGUUCAAUAUUGCUUACUACAUCAAAAAUGCUAUUACAGCACCAACCUACGCUAGUCUUGAUUCAGAAAAUAAAUCAACCCUAGAUCAAAUUAAGAAUUCGUUACCAAAGUCAGUAAGGAACGCAGCGUUUGCAACAAAAGUCUGCAUAGAGAACAAAAAAUACCCGAAGAACUUGUUUGCUUCCGGAAAGUACCUUCACGAUGGGCCAAGGCGAAUGGUGUUCACCUGGAUGCCAAACAACAAAAGGGAAGAUCGAGCCAAUGAAGACAAAUGGAAUCUCAUUCGAACCGGUGAUAGUUUUUACUUCUUCAACGUGGCUCACAGGGAAUACAUGUACUCUCCCAGCGAGUACAAGGAUUUCAAAGAAGGUAACGACAGGCGCAAAGUGUUCACCUGGACCGCAGGUAACCCGUUCGAAAGCUGCAAGUGGAAUAUGGAACCCGUCGGGGACGACGUGUACAUCAAGAGCGUGGUUCGAUCGGAAUAUUUGUACACGUCGAAUAGGUACAAGCACAAGAAGGUGAAUCAGAAAAUUUUCACAUGGAUUCCGGGCGGGCCAGUGGGCAAUGGAGUGUGGACUAUUGUAGAUUGCAGUAAUGCUUAAAGUUCUUUUUGCAAAAAAAUUUUUUUACACACAAUAUAUGUUAAUAGAAAAUAAAGCUUGUAUGGAUCGACAGAAA